AUGUGGGUUUGUACGAUUGUUGCGUUUUUGUCAAUUCAGUUAGUUUUUGGUCAGCAUAGAUUUUUCAAUCAGUGCCUAGCCAGACGAGCAAACUGUUUUUAUCAAACUGUUUUUCCGUCCUUGGAUGGAACCUGUAACAACUUGAAUAAUCCUACAUGGGGUGCUAGUAAUAUAGUAUUAAAUCGUUUGUUGCCACCAAAAUAUGCCGAUUCUAGAGGACAACCGAAGUCACAAGGUGUUUUUCGCAAUCUUACAUCUACAAGAAGUAUAUCCAAUGGACUGGUAGAAUCUAAAAAGUUCAUUUCUAAGAGUGUAUCUCAUAUGCACGUAUUGUAUGGACAGUUGCUGGCUCAUGAUUUAGUACUUACGCCUAUGGUAAAAGGCAAUGACGGUAGCGACUUAGAAUGCGACUGCGAUAAACCUGUCUCAGAUUGUGUAAACAUAAAAAUUCCCCCUAGCGAUAUUCAAUCGCAAAAGGCUAACAGAAAAUGUAUGCCCCUGGCUCGAUCAAAAGCUGCAUCUGGCAUCGAUGGAUGCGUAUUUCCUCAUCGCGAACAGAUAAAUGAAUUGUCAAGUUACAUCGACGGUACUUUUAUUUACGGGAGCUCAGACCGGAUUGCAAAAGAACUAAGAGAUCCGAGGUCAAAUGCAGGUGAAUUAGCAACUGUAUUGAAUCCAGUUAGUGUGCCUCAUCGCAAUCUACCGAAUCAAGACCAAUUAAAAAAUAAAGAGAUUUCCAAAAUUGUUCAUUGCCCGAUAAAAGUUCAUACGCCUAAAAAUAUUCCAUGCUUCGUAGCCGGGGAUGUUAGAGCAAACGAGAAUCCAGGACUUACUUCCCUACUCACAAUAAUGGUUCGAUAUCACAACUAUGUUGCAAGAAAUCUCAAGUCCAUUAACAAAGCAUGGCCUAGUGACAAAGUGUUCAACGUCGCUCGACGUAUUGUAUCUGCUAUUUAUCAAUCAAUCACAUACCGAGAAUAUAUUUCUCUGCUGGUGGGGCCAUUGUGGUCAAAGCGGUUUAAUUUGAAGUUAACAGACGAUUAUGGGUAUUGGAACGGAUACGAUCCGCGGUAUAAUUCAGGUAUAACAAAUGAAUUUGCAACGGCAGCUUUUCGGUACGGCCACAGUCAAGUUACUGACAUAUUAACCCGCAGGGAUUCUUUUUUCAAUCCUGGUAAUAUACCAAACGUUCCAUCUAGAGGCACAUUUUUCACAAGUGACUCACUCCUGGAAAGGGAAGGAGGGGGAUCUGGCGCAUAUUUACGCGGAUUUAUGGUUGAUCAUGCGGAGAAAACUGACACCAGUGUAGACGAUGCCUUACGCAAUCAACUGAACACAAAAAUUGGAGACAAAUUUGGUGGAGAUCUCUUUGCAAUUAACUUGCAACGAGGACGAGAUCAUGGUUUACCAGGCUACAAUGAAUACAGGGAAUUGUGCGGUCUAACCAAAGCAAAGGUUUUCGGCGAUUUCUCAAAUGAAAUACCCACGGAUAUUAUUAAUCGACUAAGACUCGUUUAUGACUCAGUUGAGGAUAUUGACCUUUAUGUAGGAGGAUUGGCUGAAAAUGUAGUGAACGGAGGAGAGGUCGGACCAACAUUUGCCUGCAUAUUGGCUUACGGAUUUCGCGCGUUGAGAAAGGGAGAUCGCUUUUGGCACGAAAACGAACGUUCUCCUUCUCCUUUUACAACUAAACAACUCUUUUCAAUUCGAAAGACAACUUUAGCAAGUAUCUUAUGUGAAGUUAGCGAAGACAUGAAGUUUGUGCUGAAGUCACCUAUGAAAAUAAUCAACGCAAAUUACAAUAGAUUUGUCAGUUGCAGCAGCGUUUACGAUUUAGAUUUUAAUGCGUGGAAAGAUGAUCAUCAAAAAAAUACGUACAGCAGAAAAUCUCACGCUAACUCAGAGUGGACAACUUGGUUUAUCACAAAGUUUACAAAUAUUAGAUUUGUUGAUUGGCGACAAGCAGCGUCACAAGUAUCAAGAUCAAGGCCUGAAGACAUAUGCGAAAAAAGACUUGGGUUCGAAACUCGAACUGUGCCUAGGAGCAGUUUUAUACAAAUCCGGUUUACCUGCCCAGCUGGUUCAAUACGAUCUUCAGAUUUUCCUUUCCAAUUAUCACAAAAUUAUUAUUGGUCAGAAUGGAUUCACCCUCGCGACAAUUCGGUCGAAAUAUAUGAAUUUGAAUGUAAAACGAUUGUUGCAAUUCAGGCAAAGUCGGGCGGCAAAUUUGCUGGCGAAACUGGUGAUGUGUUUGAGAAAUUUGGAACUGAAGCGGGUUUCCUAUGUCGAGAUAACGAUCAAUACAAUGGAAAAUGCCAAAAAUACCAAGUUCGUGCUCUCUGUCUCAGAAAUAAUAAAAUGGGGGAAGAACAUUUCCAGAAACAUUUUACAACCAAACAAUCAGUUACUUUGUAUCCCCAGUCUACCAUGCCGACUAAGCAUCUCUACCCCGAGCCUACUUUUAAAGAUGUUCCGAAAAAGGCUUUGGAUAGGGCAAAUUCGUACUGUGUGGCGUACAAUGUGUGCUGUAUCCCUCCUAGACGUCACCAUCUAAAGAACUCGUCAAACCGUGUUUUGACAUACGCCGCGAAUUUGUGCAAAUAUUAUGGUAUCUGUUGCAACCCUUAACGUGUGUGUGAUACUAUUUAAUUUUGCUAGGUUCUAAUUAAUUUAUUCCGAUUAAAUAUUUAUACAAGCAUAUGCUUUAACUCCACCGAGAAGCUAUUUUAAAUACCAAGUUCAAUUAUCGUUACUUUCUGGUUUUGUGUACUUAAUCGAUUUGUUGCAUUUUGACUGAAAUUAUGGGCAAGGGCUGGUCGCAGGACCGGAUCCACCAACAUGCAAAGCAGUCUAAGGCCUCGGAUUCUCUAGGUUGGAAAAUAAUGGCUUCGACAUUCAACUUUGAACCAUCGUUCAGUUUUAACCGGUUAUACAAUUUUAAAAGCAAAGUUUGCAUUUUUAACCAGGUGAAUUAUAUAUGGAUUUCUUCGUUGCAAAUAUUCCCGAUAAUAUAGGUAAAAUAGUUCGUGGUUAAGAAAUAAAAAGGUUUGUACACGCAAAUCUGAAUGUUAUGUCGUGAACUCGAAGAAAAGAC